AUGGAAAGUCUUUUGUCGUUAUUUCUUUUCAAUUGCCAUGGACUGUAUUCAUCGGAUCAAAGCGUGUCCCACUUAACAAGUUCAAAUUUUGACGAUUUCACUUCCUCUCCGGGCGUCAGUAUCGUCAAAUUUUAUGCCAGCUGGUGUGGCCACUGUGAACAAUUAGCUCCAAAGUACAAACAAGCGGCGGCCAUUCUGAAGGGGAUUGUUCGGUUCGGUGCUGUGGAUUGCGAUAAACAAUCCGAAUUGAGCGAGCGAUACAAGGUUAAGGGUUACCCAACUAUUCUAAUAUUCCGAGAUGACAAAUCGGACCCGAUUCAAUACAAAGGGGAAAGAGAUGCCAGCAGCAUCACAAAGUUCCUUCUGGAGCAAGUCACUGAAGUCGUCGAACACCGGGGCAAAAAAGAAGGUGUAACCAUUAAGAAGCCUUCUCAAUCCACCGGUGGUACUUGCGGAGGCAGCAGUGGUGGAAGUAGCCGCGGCAGCUCCAGUGGCAGUGACAGUAAGGGCGACGGCUCUGUCAUUGAACUCACUGACAGCAACUUCGACGAUCUCGUUCUCAAGAGCCAGGAUGAAUGGCUUGUCUCCUUCUACGCUCCCUGGUGCCCACACUGUAAAUCACUCAAACCGCAGUGGGAGUUGGCCGCGAAGAAAUUGGGUGGUAAAAUGAAGCUAGGUGCCAUCGACGCCACCAUCCAUCAGUCUCUUGCUCAGCGCUAUUCGAUUAAAGGUUUCCCAACAAUCAAACUUUUCCCGGCUGGAGUUAAGUCCGGCGCCGCCGGAGAUUAUGAUGGUGGACGGUCAGCUGAAGAUAUCGUGGCCUGGGCGUUGAAGCGGCUCGCCAAAAACAAACCGCCGCCGGAAGUCCUGGAAAUAACCAGCAAUACCGUCCUGCAGAACGCCUGCACAGAGAAACAGCUCUGCAUCAUUGCCGUCCUGCCUCAUCUCUUGGACUGUCAAUCCAAGUGUCGAAACAAGUACAUCGACUUGCUGAAGAAGAGUGCCGAGAAGUUCAAAGAAAAUGACUGGGGAUGGCUCUGGGCGCCAGCCAGGUCCCACCCCGACUUGGAGAAGACCUUGGAAAUGGGUGGCUUCGGAUAUCCGGCUCUGGCAGCUGUAAACGCUCGAAAGUUGAAGUGCGCGGUUAUGCGAGGCUCCUUUAGUGACUCAGGCAUCCAUGAAUUUCUCCGUGAUCUUUCUCAAGGACGUUCCUCCGUACCCCUGAUCCCCGUUUCUAGACUGCCCGAGCUCAAAACGGUGGAGCCAUGGGAUGGCAAAGACGCACCCGUUGUCGAGACGGAGAAGAUCGAUCUGAGCGAGCUGGGCAUCAAGACAGAGUUGUAG